GGCGCAAACAUCGAACUGCGAUCUUCGUGACGCCAAUCUAUGCCACCUGCCAGCCCGGUGAUCUCUUCAUACAUGCAACUCGCAGGUCGUUGUUGCGCAUUUGGGCAGAAGACAGAACAGAGGCUAACAUUAUCUCAUUAGUGAUUUCGGAUCAGACUCCUCUCGCUUUCACCGCGGCCAUACGAUGAUAGGAGGAUCUGGGCCGCAGCUGUCUCCUCCAGAAUCACAAUACCGACAGCAAUCUCGACCGCGAAAUGAGCCUCCUCCAAGUCCUCGAACACAACCAACGUCCAUACCAGCUGGGACUCCUCCACGAAGUACAGUGACCCGAGCUACAGAGCAACCACCUGCCGAGAUCGUGGGCGAGAGAACGGGUGGACAACGGUUCGCAAGUCAAAGCGACUAUGUUCAACCUGCGCAGCAUGAAUCUCCUUCGACCUCGAGAUCCCAGGCCCCCUUGAAUUCUUCAGCCCCACAAGCGCCCAUAAGUAGAUCUGCUAGAUCACUCGACAAUAUUACACAGUAUGGAGGAAAUACAAUCAAAGUACGGGAUCUUGCGCACAUACAAAGCUUUGCCACGGAGGAGUUUCUGUCGUACAGAGGACAAUCCGGGCGACGGCGAACUGCAGAUGAUCCUACAUUAAAAUAUGAGAUCAGUGGGAUGCCUAUCACAGACAUUAUUGAGAUGGUCGCAGGACUUCUCACGAAGAUAACCACAACCAACGAUAGGCAGCAUGAGCCUUUACACCGACCUCUGCCAUCUGGUGAAAAUGCUGUCAACAUGACAGGACUUUCUUCAAGCGUUCUUGCUUUCCAUGGGAAGAACGUACCAAGCAUUACCAUUCUAAGUUAUUUGAGUCGUAUUCACAAGUACUGUCCCACCACUUACGAAGUAUUCUUGAGUCUGCUGGUGUAUUUUGACCGCAUGACAGAGCGAGUCAAUGCAUCACCAAUACAAGCUUUGAAUAGGGAUAACACAGAGCAAGAUAACUCGCGGCCUUCGUCAGGUUAUUCUGCUGAAGGGUCGGAUUUAGCAGACAGUCCGCCAUCAUCGAGAAGCGUCCCAGAGAUUCAGGCCGACCUUGAAAGAGCGCAAUAUACGCAUGCACCACCCUCCGACCAUAGCCCGACCGCCUUUCCUCUAUCGCACUUUUUUGUGGUUGAUAGUUUUAAUAUUCAUCGAUUGGUUAUUGCAGGAGUAACAUGCGCCAGCAAAUUCUUUUCCGACGUAUUUUACACAAACUCCCGAUAUGCAAAGGUGGGCGGAUUGCCACUUGCCGAGCUAAAUCAUCUUGAAUUACAGUUCCUCCUGCUGAACGACUUCCGACUCUCCGUCCCUGUUGAGGAACUCGAAGCCUAUGGUACAAUGCUAGUCGAGUUCUAUGCAAGAGAAGUAAUAGCUCAGCGACAAGGCCGAAUACCCUUGGAUAUGGCUUACCCGGACGACAUGGAUGUUGCACCGCAAAGUCCUUAGCUGGGCGAUGUGAAUGACUACUUAUGAUUCUUACGGGUGCUUAGUGGGAGGUUCAUCUGAUGAAUAGAGGCACCUGCCAUGACUUUGUGCAUACGAACGACUUUUUGGAAUAGCUGAAAUAUGCUUUCCUUUACGACUGAAUCGAAAUACCAAACAUAGAUUUCUCCUCACUCCAAACA